AUGAAUAACCCCGAUGCCAAUCUGCAAGGAACAAUCACAUCCCUGUACAACGUCGGAUGUUUCUUCGGCGCCCUGUCAGGCUCAUGGAUCGGCUCUUCCCUUGGACGUAAGCGAUCAGUCAUUCUGGGCACGACGGUCUUGGUUAUCGGGGCCAUCCUGCAAAUGACAGCCUUCAGCGUACCCCAUAUGAUCGUCGGCCGCCUCGUCGCCGGCCUCGGAAACGGUCUCAACACCGCAACUGCUCCCGUCUGGCAGAGCGAGACCACCCAGGCCAAAUGGCGAGGGAAGCUUGUGGUGCUAGGUCUGGUGGUCAACGUUGCCGGCUUCUCUCUCGCUAAUUGGGUCACCUUUGGCUUUUCCUACCUGGAGGGCAGCAUCUCUUGGCGCCUCCCUCUCGCCCUCAAGCUGAUCUUCUGCCUCGUUAUCCUCUGUACCGCGCCUUGGCUGCCCGAGUCUCCCCGAUGGCUCAUCUCGAAGAAUCGUAUCCAAGAAGCCGACGUCAUCCUAGCCGAUCUGAAGGGGGAAACCAACGUGUCGAAUCCCGCUGUGCUAGCCGAACGCAACGAAAUCGUUCGCGCGUACAAACAAGAAACCGAAAACGCCAUGACCUGGUCUCAGCUGUUCCGAGGAGCAUCAGAGAAGGGUGGAUCUGGAGCGUUGCGCCGUUUUCUACUUGGGCUGGGCACCCAGCUCAUCGUCCAGCUGUCCGGUAUCAACGCAACGUCUUACUAUCUCCCGACGGUCUUGAUCGAGUCCGUUGGGCUGGAAGAGAAGCUUGCUCGUCUGUUGACCGCCGCCAACUCUGUUCACUACAUAUUCUUCUCAUACUUGGGGAUGAUGUUGAUUGACAAGUGGGGUCGCCGUGGUGCUAUGAUCUAUGGAACUUCGGGCUGUUUGGUAUGCUACAUCAUCCUUACAGUCCUCAUCAGGACUGGCCAAUACGCGACGGACGAAGGACUGAAGUACCGCGUCGGAGCCGCCUCGGUGUCAAUGAUCUUUCUCUUCUACGCCAUAUUCGGCGCCGGUUGGCAAGGCACCGCAUGGCUCUAUAACACCGAAAUCAACUCACUGGCCAUGCGAAUGAAGGGCGCCUCGGCCAGUGUGGCUGCACAAUGGGCGAUCAACUACAUGGUCGUUCAGAUUACCCCCAUUGGCAUCCAAAACCUGGGCUGGAGGUUCUAUCUCAUUUGGGUGUUCAUGCAGUUCUUCUCUGUUCCCAUUCUGUAUGUUUUCUACCCGGAAACUGCGAAUAGGAGGCUCGAAGAUAUCGACAUUGUCUUUGAAGAGGGCCUGCGGACAUGGGUGUUCUUGGACAAAGAGGCUACGCAAGUUGCGCGACCACACCGCUUCGUCGUUAUGGAGGAGGAGGAAGUUGCCGAUGCUGCCAAUGACAUCAAGGCCAAGGUCAAUAGCCCUGAGUUCGAGCAGAUUGAUCACCCGACUCAAUUCAAAUAG